UUCAGUGCGAUCGCAGACAUUGUGCAAAACGGUUCGCAUAGGCUCCAAACUGAACGCUGGAAUUGAAAUUGGAAUUGAAAUUGAAAUUGAAAUUGGAAGUGCGCAAGUAGCUGUGCUGGAACUGUGUCAGGCCAAUUUGUAAACGUUGAAAAGGGCGUUACCCCCACCCCAUGCAUAGUGGCCAUCAAUCAUUUUAACCAAUUACAACGAAGCACAGCACAACUCGUCACAGCCUUGAGCUUUAUCAAUUUGUUUUCUUACGGGAGGCUCGACAUUUGUGCGCUCUUACUCCUCCAAUUUAUAUAGCCAUGGAUAGCGUCAAGUCGUUUUUCGCCAACCCAAACAAAGAGAAUAAUCUGGCCAAUCAGCAAAAUGGCGUUACGCGUCGCUGGGCCACCUGGAACGGCAACAUGCAGGCACACUCGGAUCCGGGUUCGGUGAACGCGGCCAGGAGAGACCCGAACCGCGUCGAUGCCAAGCGCAAGGAUAGCGACAAUUACUUCUAUAUCAUGUGGCGAGCUUAAGGGAAUCCCAAUAGCAAAGGAGCCAUAAGGAUUAGGAUUUAGUCUAAAGUGACCUACAUCUAAUUAAAGAGACAUCGGCGCUGUGACAGACGUGUUUUGCCCUGUUGCACAAUCUCGAAGCGCGGUGUUUAGUGAUAUUAGUUAUUUAUUUGUAAUUGAUUUGUAAACUCACAUUGUCUGAUCGAGACUGGCUCACCUUUUCCGGUGUUUAUGGACGCGUUAACAGCUUUUGGCUUGAUUUAUUGGCUGAUCUGCAUGUUUCUCUUUGGACCCAUGAUGUUCUUCGUCUGCGUUUAUCUGCCCGAAGUGCCAGUGCGAUAUGUGAAGAGCCUGAGACAGCAAACAUAGAUCUUUUACACCCUACUUAAUUGUUUAUAAAUACUUAUAUACACACCCAAUACAUAGCACAUAGAAUAUACAAUUUAUACUGUAAUUGAUGUACUCGUAUAAACAAUAUAACAACGCAUUCUUUACGAUAAAAA